AUGACGAACUUAGUGAGAGAGAAGAAGAUCAAGACCAACGGGAUUUGGUUAAACGUAGCUGAGAAAGGAGACGAUGGAGGGCCUUUGGUUCUGUUACUCCAUGGCUUCCCUGAGACAUGGUUCUCAUGGCGUCACCAGAUCGAUUUCUUGUCGAGCCAUGGGUACCACGUGGUGGCUCCAGAUCUCAGAGGCUACGGUGACUCCGAUUUUGUUCCGAGGCACGAGUCUUACACUGUGAGCCACCUCGUCGCUGAUGUCAUUGGUUUGCUUGACCACUACGGCACUGCUCAGGCUUUUGUGGCUGGACAUGACUGGGGAUCAGUGAUAGGUUGGUCUUUAUGCUUGUUUAGACCAGACAGGGUCAAAGGUUUCAUAAGUCUCUCUGUUCCCUAUUCUCCAAGAGAUCCAAAUCUCAAACCUUCAGAGUUUUCCAAAACCAUUGGAGAUGGGUUAUAUACAUCUCUCAAACCUGGAAGAGCUGAGGCUGCAUUUGCCAAGCAUGAUUGUAAGACAGUUAUGAAAAAGUUCUUGCUAACAACGAGAACAGAUUUCAUGGUGGCCCCUCCUGGUACAGAGAUCAUUGAUGAUCUUGAGAUUCCUUCAAAGAUUCCAGAGUGGAUAAACGAAGAAGAGAUUCAGGUUUAUGCAGACAAGUUUCAGAAAACUGGAUUCACUGGCCCGUUGAAUUACUACAGAGCAAUGGAUCUGAACUGGGAGAUAAUGGCGCCAUGGCAAGGCUCCAAGAUCGUUGUUCCAACAAAGUUUAUCUUCGGAGACAAAGAUAUAGGAGCCAAUGAAACAAUGGAGUAUGUGAAGGGAGAUAUGUUCAAGAGUAUUGUACCUAAUCUUGAGGUUGUUGUUAUUGAGGAUGGUCAUCAUUUUAUACAGCAAGAAAAGUCUAAACAAGUCUCUGAGGAAAUUAUUUCCUUCUUCAACAAGUUACGCUCAACAGACUUUUCGUGUUCAGAUUUUCUAAAGAUGGAUCCGGAUGCAGUAAAGUCGACUCUCUCGAAUCUGGCUUUCGGAAAUGUAUUGGCCGCAGCUGCUAGAGAUUACAAAAAGGAAGUUCUUGCAAAUGAGAAGGCGCAAUCAUCAAAUCCUGUCAAUGAAGAGGUUGAUCUUGAUGAACUUAUGGAUGAUCCAGAGUUAGAAAAGUUGCACGCUGAUAGGAUUGCAGCACUCAAGAGAGAAGUUGAGAAGAGAGAAGCGUUCAAAAGACAAGGACAUGGUGAAUUUCGAGAGGUAAGCGAGGGAGACUUCUUGGGCGAAGUCACCAGGAGUGAGAAAGUCAUAUGUCAUUUCUACCACAAGGAGUUUUACCGCUGCAAGAUUAUGGACAAGCAUCUGAAGACUCUUGCGCCUAGACAUGUGGACACUAAGUUCAUUAAAGUGGACGCAGAGAAUGCUCCUUUCUUUGUCACGAAGCUAGCAAUAAAGACCUUGCCUUGCGUUUUGCUUUUCAGCAAGGGAAUCGCGGUAGAUAGGCUAGUUGGGUUCCAGGAUCUAGGCACAAAGGACGAUUUCACUACGACUAAGCUAGAGAAUGUUCUUAUUAGAAAAGGAAUGCUCAGCAAGAAGAAGAAAGAGGAAGAUGAUGAGGAUGCUGAAUACCAAGAGAGCAUAAGGCGUUCGGUUAGGUCUUCAGAGAAUCUGGACUCUGACUCUGACUGA